GGAAGUAGGAAGCGGAUUGGCGGCAAGGACGGCGGCGGCGGUGGUUGCGUUGUGGUCUCCUGGUGCGGUUCAAAGAAGCGGCGGCUUCCCCAGUGCGGAGAUGGCGGAGAAGUUUGACCACCUGGAGGAACAUCUGGAGAAGUUCGUGGAGAACAUCCGCCAGCUCGGCAUUAUCGUCAGCGACUUCCAGCCCAGCAGCCAGGCGGGGCUCAACCAGAAGCUGAAUUUUAUUGUGACUGGCUUACAGGAUAUUGACAAGUGUCGACAGCAGCUUCAUGAUAUUAGUGUCCCUUUAGAAGUUUUUGAAUAUAUUGAUCAAGGCCGCAAUCCCCAGCUGUAUACCAAAGAGUGCUUAGAGAGGGCCCUAGCCAAAAAUGAACAAGUUAAAGGCAAAAUUGACACUAUGAAGAAAUUUAAAAGCCUGUUGAUUCAGGAGCUUUCUAAAGUUUUUCCAGAGGACAUGGCUAAGUACCGAAGUAUCCGAGGUGAAGAUCAUCCCUCCUCUUAAAUAGCAUGCUUUCAUUGUGUCCAAAGAAGCCUGUUUACAACUUUCAAUGAAUUGUCAUGUCUUUUUGAAAUGUUUGUCUGAGGAUAUAAUGCUUAAGAUGAAAGUGUUCUUGAAAUGUGAAAAGUGAAUCUCGAACAGUUAUUUCAAGACCAUUACAGUUUUCCUCAAGACCUUUAUGUUUCAAAAGAACUCUCACUGGACAUUGGCGCCUUCUCAUCGUUUUACAGGAUAUGUAUAACCAGUUGUCAUUUCUUUUUCCAUGAAUAGUACUUCUUAGGACUAAAAUGAAGGUUUUUAUUGUCAAGUGCCAGAGUAUUAAUGGUUCAUAAUCUCUUCAAUGUGAAUUGACAUUGGGUGGGGAAAUUGUACACAGGAAAAAGGUCACCAUGGGAAAUAACUGUCAUUGUCAACUUGUUUUUUUACAUGGUCAAGCAUAGUUAGGUGGAAGACUUAAAAAAUUGACCUGAUGGUGGUUUUUUCCUUUGUGUACUUUCCAUUCCAUUUUUUCAUUGUAAAAAUUUGGGGGUCCGUUGUAGAAGUGGCUUACAUAUGAUAACGUUAUUUGUAUUUUGUACAGUUUAACUUUGAUGUGUAACUGAAGUUUUUAGUGUAACUAUGCAUUUACUUUAGUUAAGCCAAGUAUAUAUAAUAAAAUAUUUCCAGAUACUCUGUUACUUAAUUUAAUUUUUCCUUUAUAACAUUUCCACAAUCUGUAGUAUAAUAUUCUAUUUUAUAAGCAUUCAAUCCACUUUUGCCUUGUUUUAAUAAUAUUCCUGUAAUUCAUAUGAAAACAUGUCUCAAGGAUUUUCCUGUCUACCUUUUAAUAUUCAGUCAACAUGCAACAACAGAAAGUCUAAUCCUAAUUUAUCACCAUUGCUACACGUAUUAACUUAUUUACUAUCAUAGAAAAUGGCUUAAAUAUUGACUUAGUGACUGAAAUUUUAUUAUGCAUAUGGAGAGAGAUGCUAGAAGUAGAAACUUACGGUUAUAGUAUAUACUCCUAGAAUUGUCAAAUUCCACCUUGAUUAUAUCUGUUGGAAAAAAGGUUAAAUAUCCAACUGUACAGUUUGAGAUAAUUUUUUGUUAGUAGACUGUCAGAGCAGAAAGCAAAGCAAUGUAUUAGCUGGCCAAAUCUCAUAACACAUUCACCUUUUAUAUAAGCCAUUCAUAUGCUUUCUAAAGCAGCUUAUCGCUUAACUAGGUUAGAGUGAUUUGCAGUUGAAAAAAUUAUUAAGCAUGUUAAUAUACUUUACCAGUGUGGUAGUCAUAUGUUUUUGAGACCUGUUGAGUAAUUGAAUUUUUAGAAGUCGUACUGUAGUAAUUUAUAUUCUGAUUGGUUUUUGGUAAAGUACAAUGCAUUCAGGUUUGAUCCUUCCCUUGGGGCCAAUAUACCUGCCCCAGCCAGCCUUUAUACAGUAUACUUGAUGUUGGUUGUAAGGGGAAUAAAUGCAGAUUAGUGCUUGUGGUUAGGUCAGUUUACAUUCUGUUACUAUGACUACUUGAAAAACUCAAGAAGUUCAUUUUGCUGGUGGUACCUAAGUAGUACUAUCAUGAAAAGGAUGUCACUUUAAUACCUAGUCAGUUUCUGUUUUAAUGUAGUUAGCUUUGGUUUGUCUCUUAAGAGUGUGGUUUCUCUAAAUUGUGCUUAACAAAAGAAAAAAACAAGCACCCUAGUGAAUUUUCUAUUUAUGUUCAAAAUCAGCCCGCUCCUGCUAAACUAAGUAUGUCUUGAUCUAUUCAGGUUGUGAAAUCUGCUUGUGAAUUUCACUUAUCUGGGUUUAAUUGUAGGUUCUAGUUUGAUAAGAGUGUUGGUAUCAGUAUAGCUCAAAUUCUGGCUGAGUUGAAGGUAAUGGAUGGAGGAGAAAAAUCAAAGGCAAAAGGCUGGAAAAUAUAGUAAUUAAAAUCACCUUCACCUUUACCUUUGAAGAUACCAAAAUACACUUCAUUUGUGAGGAUAAUGAUUGCUUCUUUUUGUCAGCUGUCCUUUGCUGGUCAAACCUUUUCAGCUUUACUCAUUGUCCAACUUAAUGUGUUGGACAUUGUAAGUUAGAUAGAAACAGCUGUGAUAUACUGGAAAGAGUCCUUUAUUUGGUAGAAGAAACCCUGGAUUUGAAUUCUCGUUCCUUUUAACCUCUCUUAAACUUCAGUUUCUUUUCCUUUGCAUUCUACUUUGUGAUUGAUUUUACAAAGAAUUUUGCAUUCAUAAUGUGAAUUGAUGUCCAUGACAACUCUGAGUUGCAGGGUGGUAUAAAUAUUAAUCUCCUUUUAUUGGAUUAGAGAGGUUGAUUUGCCCAAAGCCAUUUGUAUGUUGCCAAGCCAGAAUUUCAACCUAGGUCUCCAAAUUCCAGAUCCAAUAUCCUUUCUACUGUGUUUUUACUGUCUUAACAUGAAACUUACUGGAUCCAAACCUUCAAGACUAGCCCAAGAUGGGGCAUUGACAGACAUCAGUACCAGUUGGAUGAAAAAUCAGUUAACAGACUUACUAGCCAUGUGAUCUUAGAAGUUACAACCUCCCCUGAGUCUCAGUUUCCUCAUUUGUAAUGCUAACACUUCUUACUUCAUAGGGUUGUUUUGAGGAAAGUACUUUUUAAACGUGAAAAGUGCUAUAAAAUAGGGAGUUAUUCCAACUAAUGCAGGGUAGUUUUUGACCUACAAAUACACUUUCUGUAUUAUGAAUGCAACAUUUCUAUUGAUCCUUCUACCCAAUUUCCUUAUUACCCCAAUUAUUUUUUAAACUAUUAACCAUUCCCUGCUAUUUCUUAAUUAUGGGACAGUUUUAUAUUUUUAUUGUGUACUGGACUGAUUCAAGUGCCCUUUGUAUUCAUGCAUCUUUUUGAAGGCCUUCUUGAAGAUCUUCUUCAGUUCUAGUGAUGUCCAGGACCCAAAUCAAAUUGCUAUAUAAGAAUUAACAAUUUGUUAAUAUGCACUUGUGCAUAGUUGUUUGUGGAUUUCCUAAUGUUAUUUAUUCAUAGCAAUUAGGGAGCACUGAAUCAGGUCAUGAAGUAAAUUCUUUCAUCUUUGGCUGGUUAGGUCAUCAUGGUGGUGAUGAAGCCAACCUUGUGGAUUUUCUUGCUGAAUAAGUAUGUCAUACUGACAGAGGAGUGCUGUUCCCCUAAUUUCUUUCCCACUCAACACCAUCUGCCUCCUCCCAAGCUGCUUAUAGAUAGUACUUCUAACCAUAUCCACAUCUAGUUAUUUGUACUGUAUUGUAAUAAAAGGGAGUAUGAUUAAUGGAUUACCGCAUGUCUCUCCUUCCUCCCCUCCUUGCUAUCAUGGUGGAUCAUUAAUUCAAGGUAGAAGUUAUAAAAUAAAUUUUAUUUUUCCAUCCACAUUACCUAAAACGUUUAUGAUCAUAUUUACCCUCAUCUCUGCUUCUGAAUGUGUUACUAAUGACUUGUGCAAUAUAAGGUUGGCAAUAUUUCUGUUUCUGAAAUAAAGUAUUUUGAAAUUUUAUUUAAA